AUGAAUUCCCAUUCCUCCACCCAGACUCAAAGCAAACUCUGCCGCCUCCCUCCAGAGCUCAUGCUGGAUAUUCUGGACGCUACUAGAAAGUACUCAGACAAGAUCAGACUUGUCAGCACUUGUUGGAGGCUAUACGAUCUCCUCAUACUAUUCGUCUACUCCGAAGCCGGUAGACAGCUUAGAUGGUUGCCAAUGUUUGACGCCGCAAAGCGUGGCAAUUGUCGCACACUUGCCAGAUGCAUAGAAGCCGGAGCACCUAUUGACUACGAGGAUUCUGAAUUCCCUUUUCGUCCUAUUCGUCCUCUUCAAACAGCUAUCGCGUUCGCUCGGCCUCUCACCGUCAAGUGGCUUCUUGAACAUGGAGCAAAUCCGAAUUCUACGAGAGACGCCGAUAGAGCCUCUUUCUCAUGUCCUCUUGCACAGGCUCUUGGUUCUAUCCUUAGACCAGGCCUGUCCUUCAAGUCUGUACCUUAUCAAAUGGAACUUAGAUACUGUAAGGUUCCAAGCCGCAAGCAUUAUGUGCGUAAUAAUCGCGAGAUUAUCAAGGCCCUCCGUCAAGCGGGUGCCGACGAGCAGCCCCUUGGAUACCUUGAACGAAGCCAUCUGGAUGCAAUUGAAGCCGGGGUUCACUGUUGUUCUCAUCACAAACCCCGUCUCUGGUGCCCAGAUUGGUAA